CUGAUUUUCAAGCGUCUGUUUUAUCAGAUUGACAACUGAUGUAAAUAAUGGCUUUAAACGAUGUUUUGAUACUCCAUGGCCCAGAUAUAGCGGGGCUGGAACACUUCUACAAGAGGGAGUUGGCCAAGAACUACAAAGCUGUAUGUCCGUCCAAAAUGUAUGCAUUAAGCAGGGAAGUUGGCAUCCGUGACGUUUCUCUUGAAAUUGUCAGGCAGCUUAAAAAGAAUCAAAAGGUGGCAAUAAUUGACUUGAAUGAACACAGAAAAACAAGAACAUCAUUAAUACGACUUAUAUCUAGGAAGGUAAAAGAUGUUUCAAUUUCGUUGAUAACAAUUAUUCCAAAGUAUGGCUGCCAGCAAGUUCUAUGGGGCCGGGAAAUGGCUAUUGCUGAACAGUCCCUGUGUCCUGGCCGUGAAGUUCUGAUGUCAAGUGAUGGGGACAUUCACAGAUGGUUCUCCGACAUGAAUGAUGCCAGCAUCAGUUACAAACAUGGCAAAGUUGAAGCUCCAGAGGAGAGUGAAGGAUGUCAGGUCAUUAAAAAAGUUGUAGGAAUAUAUACCAGCUCAGCAUACAAGUUUGAAGUUCCUGGUUUACUCAUACAGUGGGAGUUUAUUGAGAGAGUGGCUAAUGACAAGACUGGGAUACGUUUAUGGGAACUGGUGCUUGGUACUUGGCAGCAGGAAAACCCGUGUGGGCGUGUCAUCAUUGUCUCUGAUGGAUCACAAGUACAUACAGGAGAAACUUCAAGAACACAGUUUCUGGCCAAAAUAGAUGAAACAAUGAAAUCUAUAAGUGAAAAAUUGAAGCAUGGGCCAGUGUAUGUGUGUGUGAUAAUGGACCGGAAAAAGGCUGGAUGCUACACCACCCCACCAUCACCAGGAAUUCUUGCCUUCCUUCAACGAAGACACAGUCUGAAUCUUCACACCAGGAGAACAGUUUAUCUUUAUGAAACUUCACAACACAUGAAAAUGGCUGAAAAUGCCGGUGUACGGUGUUUAAAGGCUUCAAAGGUGGCUGAGAAUCCAUCACUGGUAAUAUCUGCCCAUGCAACAACCACACCUAGGAUACCCGAGAUGUUAAAGGACCUUAAGAUCGUACCAACUAGUCCGAAUGACCCACCAGAAAUACCCUUGUACAGCAGGUUAGAGGAGUUUUGUGAUGGAAAAGUUGGGCAAGCAUUGGACUUGGGACGCUGUGAAUAUCUGUAUGCAGCUGAAAAACAGGUGGUUGAAAGAUAUCAGAAGGAAUACGCCCAGUCAGCAACAAAGUUGGGAGAAGCAGGAAGUAAAAUAUCCCCAUGUAAAUCAGCAAUAGAUACCUUAGGGAAUAAAUCCUCUGAGACUUGUGAACCAAGCAACAGGUUGCUAAAUGAAUCCAAGAGUUUUCUGACGUCACGCGACCUGCCAAGCUGGAUGAAACCAAAGAAGAUCAAAAGUGAAGAUGAAUUACCAAGCUCAGCAAAUACUGAACAGCAUAAACUGAGGACAAGUAAAUAUGUAAUGACAGAAAAAGAACUAACAGAUAUGGCUGUGGAAAUACUUACUCAGGCAGGCAAAGGUAACCUUGCUAAACAACUUCAAGAAAAGGUGAAACAGGACAAGAAGAGUGCAAAAACUGUGAAGUCUGAAACCUCAGAAAGUGAUAACAUAACUGCUCAUAAAAAUACUAAACAUGAUGAACAGAGUGAUUCUCUUGAAGAUGAAGUUGAGUCUUCAUGUCAUAGUGACUCACCUAUAGAUGAUGAUGGAGAAGAUCAAGAGAGUGACAGUGAGUUACAAUGUGGAAGGUUUGACUCAACAAACCACUUACAUUCCAGCAUACCCCUGCUUGAACAGCAUUCAGAUAUUUCUGACUUAAAUGUAAAUGUAAAGAGUGUAAAACAUGUGUUAGAAAAAAGUCCUAUCAAAACAAAAACAGGUAAAAUUCAAGAUUCUCCCUCUAAAGGUUGUAGACGUAAUACAUUCUUACUACAGGAAGAGAAUUUUUCAAACAUUUUGGAUGAUCUGACAACGAAAACUAGUGUUCAAAGACCUUCGCCAAGUAAAAAGAAAAGGUUAGACGGACCUGUAGUGGAGGGUUCUCCAUCUAAUCCUAUGAAGCAAGCCUCCUUAGUCAGUGGACUUCUUGGUGAGGGAUCUCGAGGAAGCAGAACAAGAUUGAAAGCAACAAGAUUGAAGCGAACUCCUGAUCUCACACAUUUAGAUGAUAUAUUUUCCUGACUAAAUUGUUCUGACUUAAUUAAAUCUGCAUGUGUUGAUUGUUUUCUCAUAAAACAUUUUAUCUCCA